AUGACCACAACAGGCUCCUCGAAAUCAUCCCUUCCUCCUCAAGUGGAGGAUAUGAGGACUCGUGUUCGGGUUGGAAAAUAUGCUCCAACACAAACAACAACAUUUGCCUAUCACUCCAGUUUUGCAAAUUUAAAUUAUGAUAAUAGUUUUUCUCUUGAGGAUUUUCAGAACAAUUUGCAAAUUAAUGUUUUGAGAAGGGAUGAAAAUGAUUUGGUUUUUGAGAUGAUUGGUGUUGAUGCUCCUAUUGCAAAUGCUUUCCGUAGAAUUAUGCUUUCUGAAGUUCCCUCAAUGGCUAUUGAAAAGAUUGUAUAUAUAACGAAUACAUCAAUUAUUCAGGAUGAAGUCUUAGCUCAUAGAAUUGGUCUUGUUCCGAUUCGAGCAGAUCCAGACUUUUUCUACUUUGCAAGGGAUAUUAACCAAAAUGAAGACAUCAGUGCAUUUGCUCCUCCACAAAAACCAAAACACAACACUCACCAUCGCUCAAAUGAUGAUGAUGAUGAAGAUAUCCAACCACCUACUCCAACUAUGGCUACUUAUGCUCCUUCCCUCGCCAACAAAUCUACUCCUUUCUGGCAACCUCCUGAAGAAUUAUUGGAUAAUGAAUAUAUUUUAUUUGAACUAAAUGUCACUUGUGAAAAGACACUCGUUCCAAACCCACACAACAACAAUAAGCUGGAAUACAAGCAUGCAAAAGUAUAUUCUGGAGAUUUAAAGUGGAUUCCAAUAGGUAAUCAAGCUGAAUAUUUCAACGGUGAAAAUGCUAUUAGGCCUGUUUUUGAUGACAUUUUACUGGCCAAGUUAAAUCCAGGUCAAUCCAUUCAUGUUCAAUGUUACUGUGUAAAAGGUAUUGGAAGAAGUCAUGCCAAGUGGCAACCAGUUGCAACUGCUUCAUAUCGUCUAUUACCAGAAAUUACCUUCAAAGGAGAACCCAUAACAGAUAUUGAACAAGCCAAAGAAUUGGUUCAAAAGUGCCCAAUGAAUGUUUUUGAUAUUGAGGAAAAUCCUCAAACAGAAUUUGACUCUAAAGUUCGUGUGGCGCGUCCAAUGAAUUGCACCAUGUGUAGAGAAUGUAUUCGUGAAGAUGACUGGGACAAGAGAGUUCAAUUAUCUAAGGUUAAGGAUCAUUUCAUUUUCUCGAUCGAAAGUGUUGGUUCUAUUCCAGGAGGACCUGCAGAGAUUUUCAGACGAGCUUUAAAGAUUUUCUGGCAAAAGUGUGAAGCUCACUUGCUCAAUAUUCGAAAAAAUCCAAUUGGGACACGACAGCAAACUUCAUCUUCGUCAACAACAUCGAUGCAAGAUGAAGACAAUGAUGUGGAAAUGACAUCAGAACAACAACAGUCAAAGAAGAAGAAGGACAAGAAAAAGAAGAAAGUGUUGCAAUAA